CAAAUAUGAAUCUGCAAAUCUCACUUUUUCUUCUGAUCAUUUUUUUCACUGCAGGACACUCUCUCAGGUGUUAUGAGUGCACAGAUUUGACGGGUUCUUGUGAAGCUCCAAAGGAAAAAACAUGCUCCAAUGAAAGGUCCAGCUGUGUGAGUCUAACAGCAAUAACACAAAUUGGUGGCAACACUACUAAAUUGAUGUUUAAAAGUUGUGCUGAUGUUUGUGUAAGUGUGUCAACUAACUUCGGCGUUGCAUGGGUGUCUUCAGUGUGCUGUAACACAGAACUGUGUAACUUCCAAGACGCUCCAGAUCCCAACUCUCUUGCCCCCAAUGGAAAGAAAUGUUACUAUUGUGAUGAGAAGAGCUGCUCAAACAUAUUGCGCUGUACAGGGAAUGCCAACUACUGCUUUAAUGGAACAGGUGUAUCUGAUAUAGUUGAGGUGGAAAAGGGAUACUGCAUAUUGCAGAGGUGUCACAUCAAUCCUGCCCAAACACACCUUUCUGGAAGUUUCCAGAAGACCUUGAAUAGCUGGUUCAGGAUAUAAAAUCAGCACCGAAACACCUUAUGUCUUUUGCCUCCUGAACAAAGAUGGAACUGCAAAUCUCAGUUUUCUUUCUGUUCAUUAUUUUCACUGCAGGGCACUCGAAAGAAUGUUAUGACUGCGCAAAUACAACAGAUUCUUGUGCAAAACCACUGGUAACAACAUGUCCUGAUACUCACUCAUGCUACAGUUUAACAACUGUAGGACAACAUGGUAAGUCCAGCACAUUUGAUUGAAAUUUACUGUUAUAUUUGACUG